AUGAUCCCUCCCCUGGGACUUCAAGCUCUUCCGCCAAUGGCAACGUCCACCCUGAUGGUCUUCCUCAUGCUCCCUCCUUCCAUGGUUUUCGGCAUGGUCCUCAAACCUCACCCAUAUCACUCUUCUGGAAAGGGCCCACUACUCUCUCAUGGCAGCCUUACAUCUAAUGGCUUUCCCGAAGGCAAGACAAGACCCUGUGAUCGCAGGAGAAAUCAAGAUUCUGCACGAGCAAGUGAUAGAAUGCACUCAGUCGAGCAUGAAAUUAUUGUGCCACACACAAGUCCAACGCAACUAAACCGCACAGCCCCCUCAAACAGUUUGGAUCAUGGGCCCCUCCCCCACAGCAGAAAUGACCGCACUCCUCCCAGACCAAUAAACUUGUACUCCCAUCCAAAGAGAUCACUCAUCUGCAGAAAUCUCUCCCUCGGUACAAUGAACGUAAGAGGGUUUAACACCAUUGUUUCGUUUCUUAAAGAGCAACUUCUCCAUCUAGACAUCUUGGCUAUUCAAGAACAUUGGCUCCUCGCCCAAAACUGCCCCAAGUUGAACAGUGUUUCUAAUGAGCAUCUCGUCCUCCACAAGCCCGCCGAGAGAAUCAAUGGCUCACUUAAUCUCCGCACCCAACGUGGGAAAGGUGGUUUAGCCAUUUUUAUCAGGAAAUCUCUGGUUAUGGACUGCUGGGAAAUCAAGUGCCCGUCACCUAGAUUACUUGCUGCUCACGUCAAGGUUAAAGAAUCCACAGAAACUUUCACCUUUGUAAGUUGCUACCUACCCUGUGGAGUGUCCAACGCAGAUCAAAUUGAAUAUCAUUCCUGCCUUUCUCACCUCUCAUACCUACUUGAGAGCACUAAGAGCACUUCUGCCAUCAUUAUGGGAGACAUCAACGUGGAUAUAAUUCACCCUAACACCAAGAAGACUCUUGCUAUCCUUCAGGAUUUCCUGAAUCGAGAGAACCUCUGUUGUCUUACCUCUAGUCAUUUUAGCCCCGACACCUACACCUUCCAGUCCGACGAUGGGAGACACAAGUCAUGUAUUGAUACUAUCAUUGCUCCUUCCAGAGAUGAACAUCUUUUUAGCAACAUCUCAACGGUGGAAAAUGACCCAACCAAUACCUCUGACCACCUUCUGAUCAUUGCAUCCCGUUCGUAUGAAGCCUGCUACUCUGAUCGCCGCAUUUUACACUCCCAAAUCCCCUCCUCGAUCCAACGACUCAAAGUUAAGUGGCAGGACGUAGACCAGGCUACCAUCGAGGAGAUGUAUACAGUCCCAAUGGAGAAGAUAUCUCUGAAUCUGUUCCGCAGUCUCAGUAACAUAGAUCAUAUUCCUCUCUCAGAGGCUGAGAACUUGCUGUCUUCAUUUUCUGAUUUCAUGGUCUCUUACUCUGUGAAUCUGCCACACACCCUCCCAAAUGGGAAGAAGAAAGGGAAGGCAGAAUGGAAUGGUGAGGUUAGUCAGGCUUAUAAGCUGGCUAAGGAGUCGCGGAAGACCUGGCUACUGACCGAAACCACCAACAAGGACCAGGCCAAUGAAGACUGCAUCAUCGCAAAGAAGUCCUUCAGAAAGUGCUUACGACAGUCCAGAGCGCAUUUGAGGAACAAUCUUUUCUCUGAAAUUGAAUCUGCCUCUGCGUCAAACAGCAAGCUAUUUUAUCGUCUUGUCAAAAUUAAUCGUGGCUCGGACUCUUUGCAUUGUGAAGUUGAUCAUCUCUCCUACGGCGACCAUGAUUACAAAGGUGAUGAAAUGCUUCUUGGCUGGCAACUUUAUUUCACUGCCCUUUCCUCUGAUGGCUCCAACACCUCUCACAUAAGCUCCGCUCAAGGACAAUCUCCGGCAGUUUUCCUGCCCCAUGAGGAUUCCUCUGCUCCUGAGUUAAGACAUGGUAUCCAACUUACAUCAAAAGACCUGGAUGAGGCUAUCAAGCACCUAAAGUUGGGCAAGGCUGCUGGCGAGGACAAUGUUUCUCCUGAACAUCUGAAGCACCUGGGUGACACAGCUCGUCGUCUUCUACUUGCCCUGUUCAACACCUUCCUACAUCAUGCCCACUGCCCGAAAAUCUUCAAGCAAGGCCUCAUUCCCCCUCUUCACAAGGGUAAAGGGAAGGAUCCACAUGACCCAAGGAACUACAGAGGCAUUACUCUUACAUCUGUACUAUGCAAACUUCUAGAACUCUGCCUCAAACCACAACUGAUACGUCAGCUCUACAUCAGCGACACACCCGAUCAACUCCAGUUUGGUUUCAGGAAGGGAUUCUCAUGUGCCCUCACAUCCAUCUCACUUGAGUUGAUCAUCGAACUGAACACUGCACAUAAAUUCCCUACAUAUCUUGCUCUCCUGGAUGCAGAGAAGGCCUUUGACACCGUGUGGCAUAGAGGGCUCUUCGAGAAGCUUAAGUCAUCUCAUCUAGACCCCAGUAUUCAGGACAUGUUAGAAUCAAUGUACCAUGGGAUUGAAAGCAAGGUCUUCUGGAAGGGUGCAGCCAGUAACCCAAUCCCCAUCACCCAAGGCGUACGUCAAGGAGGGGUCAUGUCUCCUUUACUCUACACAGCUUUUGUGGACGGUCUGAUCAAGGAGCUGCGAGAGAAGAACCUCGGCAGCUCAAUAGACGGCCGAUUCUCUGGUGUUGUUGUUCUUGCGGAUGAUGUCGCACUGGUUGCCAACUCUCCAGACGAGCUUCAGCUGAUGCUUGAUGCCACAUUCAACUAUGCAGGGCUCUGGCACUAUAAAAUCAACCCUACCAAAAGUGCAGUGAUUGUCUUCAACAACACCAAACAUCCCACAAGAUCCUCCUGGACAGUCAAUGGAAGUAUUGUUGAUGUAAAAACCAGUCAUCCCCACCUUGGGAUCUCAAAAUCCGGUUCUCGGUCCGACCUGACCGACAGCAUCAUCGGAACUGGCCUUCGAGCAUUCUACUCCCUGUCUGGCUCUGGGGCAUAUACUGGCGGCCUCACCCCCAUGUUGGUCACACACCUUUGGCGAACCUUCUGUAUUCCAAGGAUGUUGCAUGGCGCUUCUAUUACUAAACUCACUAAAUCCAUGCUGCAGAAGCUCGACAAAGCUCAAACGCACCUAUUCAAGAGGGUUCUUGGAGUCCCAAUAACAGCUGCAGACGAGAUAGUACAUCUUCUCACCAACCUCUUGCCUCUCUCCAUCCAGAUAGAUCUCGAUAGAUUGCUCCUUUUCGGCCAACUCUCCAAUUUGGAUCACAACCGUUAUGAAUACCGGACAUUUCUAGCAGCUCUCGGAGCAUGGACUCCCACUAUCCAAAUAAUCCAGGACACGUUGAGAAAGUAUGACCUUCCUGAUCUUCACACCAAUAUCUCGAAACCACUUCCUUACUCCACCUUUAAGAAACUGGUUAAAGAUCCAGACCGGACCCGAAAAUGA